CCGAUUGGCUAGCGAACAAGAGGGAGAGCAGCGAAACCCCUGUCCUGUGGCCCAAUCGACCGCGAGCUAGGGUCUUCACGCCGCUGGUUACAUGGACUCCGUCCAUGCACGACCGUGGAAUCGUAGAAGAGGCCGAAGACCCCUUUGGGCUAUAACAUACAAGAUCUGGAAGAACAAAGGCGACGAUCUCCUACUUAUUUAUGACUUUGAAACGCCGUAAUUCAAUGGUACGAUGGGUUUUUCUUUGACGAUCUGGGAUUCACCAUCGCAAUUGGGCUGGAUGAAAUCCGACGACAAUCCAUGACCCGAUCGAUUCUGUAGAACUUGAACGGACGCAAAGCUCUUCGACUCCGGUGAUCAUUCUGGAUUUUGCAUGACAGUCCACGUACGAACUUCGAGGAUCCGCAGGGAUCCUCCCUCUUUGAUGGUGCAAUCCGUACCUGCUGGGGGAUGCUUCUGCGUCAUAGUCGACAGGCGCUCAAUGGACACUCCCCAGUCCAGGAAAUCGCAGGACUACACUCGCCGCAAAGACGAACAAAUUGGGAAUAUUCGUCUCUGACGAAGUUCAUUCUACAUUUUGGCAUCUAAAUGAAACCUUUGUAAAAAAUUUACUCAUGAUUUCCCGAAACCUUCCUAUCCAUUCGCAGCCAAGGCUACGGUCGGACUGAGCUUUUGGUCCUCAACGACGCCGUGGUAUCCUUCUCGAUUAGUUCCCUGAACCCUGAGCCUUUCUGGACAAUCCGUUCACCAUGCAUAAGACACUGGUACCCAAGGUCGGUAGGAGAUACAAGUCAAGACAAACACCCUCGGACGCAGAUGGGUCGUACGUUCCCAGUGGUUUCCCAUGCAUGUAUACCAGCCAUGUCAAAUAAAUGCCUCUCAUUGCCGUCGUCUCUACUCCAAGUCUACCGUUCCUUCCACAGAACAUACCUUUGUGCACGGCGCCGACAUAGCGACCAUAGCAUCGUGACUCAAGGACGCACUACCUUCAACGCCCUCCCUUCAAGAAGUCCCUGGCACCGCGACGUGGACUCCACGAGCAAUAGCAGGAUGGUCUUGGCCUCCUCACGGACGUUGACCGGUGUUCUACGGCGUCUCCUUAUCGAGACAGCCGCACAACUACAUGACCAAAGCCCCUAUUCCAUACUUUCCAUUGGUCAUUCUUCGCAAUUGACGCUUGUUGAUGACUGCUUGGAAUCGGUGGUGUACGAUGUGUGUGUGGUGGCGAUAUUGGUGGCGGUGGUGGAGGCCAGCUGUUCGCUUAGUAUUUCGUGGCGGCUACAGUCUCACGUUCGGACUGGGCAUUUCGUCUUCGAGCCUCGAACUUUGCGGGGAAUCGUGGCCUAUGUGUAUGCCCUCCAUUCUUCCAAGAGAGACCUCACAUUCCACCCUCGCCCGUCAGGCAGGUCCAUCGCCAACUACAAAUACCCUCCAGUCAUACCUCGCGAGCCAUUGAUCAAGACACAUGGGUCGGACGUGCGCAAAAGCGAUGGUCGAGACUCGACAGAGCGCCGCUCAGGGCAUCGCGAGGACAGCACGUCACCGUCACCGGACAUUGGACC